UCUACAGACCCCACCUUUCUCUUCUAGCGUUAACUGAUACUUAUUGGAUAGUAUCUAUAGUAUACCUGGCUGUUCUGUUCUGUAUUCUGCUCUACUAGUAGUUUACAUGGUAGACUCUUCUCAGUUAUUUGAAGUGUAUGUUUUAGAUCAGGGGCUGGCACUAUGGCCUCCUGCUUUUUACAAAUAAAGUUUUAUUGGAACACAACCAUGCCGAUUCAUAUACAUAUUGCCUGUGGCUGCUUUGGCUUAAAACAAGAGUUGAAUAGUUGCUACAGAGUCAUAUGGCCCGCAAACAUAAAGCAUUUACCAUCUGGCUGUUUAACAGAAAGUUUGUUUAUCACAGUUGUGGUUUAGUGAUUCUCGAAAGCGUGGUCCUUGGGCCAGCAAUUCAGUGUUACCUCAGCAUCACCAUGCAUUGUUAGAAAUGCAAAUUCUUGGACCCACCUACUGAGUCAGAAAUCCUGGGUAAUCUAUGUUUUAAGAAGCUUUCCAGGUGGUUCUGAUACACAUUAAAAGUCUGAGAUACCCUCUUCUACAUAAAUGUUUCCCAAAUGUUUGCCACACUUACUGACUUUAUUAUUAUUAUUUUUGAGACUGAGUCUCUGUCACCCAGGCUGGAGUGCAGUGGCGUGAUCUUGGCCCACUGCAACCUUCACCUCCUGGAUUCAAGCAAUUCUCGUACCUUAACCUUUCGAGUAGCUGAGAUUACAAGUGUGCACCGUUACUCCCUGCUAAUUUUUAUAUUUUUGGUAGAGUUGAGGUUUCGCCAUGUUGGCCGGGCUGGUCUCAAACUCCUGACAUCAAGUGAUCUGCCUGGCUUGGCCUCCCAAAGCGCUGGGAUUACAAGCAUGAGCCACCAUGCCCAGCCUUGCCUUUAUUAUUUUUUACUGUUUUCUAUUUAUUUAAUACUUUCCUUUAUGUCAACUCACUUUCUAAAGACUUUAAAAUGAAAAUUUAAAAUUUUAUUAAUUUUAAAAUGAAAGUUUAUACCACCAUAAAAAUAAAUACAAUGAAAACAAAAUGGUGUUUUACAAAGAUAGAGCUAGACUCUCUUGCCACUUAGGGUUCCCUGUGCUAAAAAUUAGAAGUUGUUAAAUUUAUUAAAUAAGUACUGUUGCAAAAUGGGAACUUUUUUUUCUUAAUCAUGAUUAAUAACUUUCUUACUGAGUGGUAUUUAAAAUGUCAUGUUGGGGAAAUCAUAUAACCCUUAAAGUUGUCUUUUUGUGCAAAUCUCAUGCUUUGGAAAUUACUGUUUCAGGGAGUAUUCAUGUUAAAGGAAAGCUGAUUGAACUAUAUAUACCCAAGCCAAUAAGCAGAAAUGACUGGACAGAAAGAAAUACAAGCCUGUGAGACAGAGAGAUCUAGGAGAUCCCUAGAGAGGUCCAUCUAGAGGUCCAUCUCCAGGGUGAAAUUACCUCAUUUAGCUAAAUUUCUCACCUCUCCCUUUAGUGCUUUGGUCCAUGGGGGUAGAUGAUUCUGCAGGAUUUCACCAAUUGGUUCCAUAAUGGGAAUGUGAAAGGUUCCUGGCUAUGGGAAAAGCCGCUUAUCAAAGAGAAGCCUGAUAGAAAUGCUAGGGGAAGUGGCUGUGAGUCUGCAUUAUAGAUGGGAGCAGAGCAGCAGAGCAUGUUGGUAGGACUAAGCAGUUGAUUCACCUGAAUCUGGAUACCAUGUAUGAAUAUUUUGAAAAAUUCCUGUUAUAAUUUAAUUUACUCCAUUGUGUUAGAGGGAAUACUUCUCUGCACAUGGUGUUCUAUACAGUUAUUGGUUGAUGUGCUUUAGGGUCUAGUAAUUAUUUAUAGCAAUAGAAUCUUACUUUCCAUUGUAUCCCCAGGUUGCUGAGUUGCUUUAGUUAUUUCUCUAUUUCCUUAACUAAGAGAUUAUGGACAUAAUUUGCUUCUGUCAUCUUUUCACUAAAAAUCUAAUGGGAAUGAAGAAUUACACAUGAAUGUUUAAUAAGUUCUGUGAUACUGGUGAUAGGUAUCUGCAUUUGAAAAAAGUGUUUUAAAAAGUACAAAGGACAGUCAAGCACCUAUAUGAUGGAACAAAUGUUAUUUUGUAUAUUUCUGUCAAACUUUAAAAAGUGUGUAAAGCCUCACAGAUAAAGUCUUUUAUGGUCCCCUUCAUGGUCUCAGUCCUUUCCCCAGAGGAAACCUUUUUGUGAAUUUGUUGUAUAUUCACUAUGACACAGUAUUCCUGCUGUGUUAUUUAAAUAGUUUUAAGGCUCACAUCUCCUUCAUGGUAAUCUUGUUUUCAUUUUAACUUCUUCCUUUAUCAUUGGGUUGUCUGUCACCUCUGUUCUUUGAUAUUCUCAUUUCUUUUCCCUUUUUUAUUUCUUUCUUUCUUUUAGAUUUGGGGAGGCUCUAGUUAGCUUCUGCAGCUAUCACCAGCUGAUGAGAACUUGUCUUUCUUAGUAGAUAAAUCAGCCAAUCACUUUUUCUUUGAUUCUUUUCAGCUAUUGUUUCGUAGCCAAAGAUAGCUUUGAUUACGUCUAGUUUUGUAUAUAGAAAGUUCUGGAUGAUAGAAGGCACCAGCUAUCCAAAAUGCAAGUGUUACUGUAUCAGAAUUGCAGCUCUGCAAGUAAGUAUCAAAAUACAAAAUUUAGCAGGCUGCAACUUUUUAUUCCAUGUAUCUUAAAUUCUAUGUAACCCACUCUAGGACUUAAUUUUAAAGUAACUUCAAGCUUUUCUAAUGUCUCUUAAUUUAAGACGAGAAAUAUGCUGAUUUCCUAAAGCAGGUAUGCCCCAAAACAGGAUGGCAUUGAUCACUGCCAGCUGCCAAGACCCUUUGCUUAUAUUAAUGAGAGAGGUUAGGCAGGGCAUGGAAUAGAGCCCUUGGAAUGCAGAUUCUUUAGUAUUCCUUUCUCACAUUUCCAUCAUCACCAUUCUGAUUAGCUUCAAAGAUUCUACAGGCUUUUUUCCCUACAAUCAAGGCUUUUUCCCAUUCUCAUUCUUUAUAAUCGUGUGAUACGGAUUUUCACAGACAAGUGGGCUAGAUUUUUAACAUUUAAAAAACAUUAACCUUUGAUUAAUAAUAGAAUUCUGGAAAUUUAUUCUACAAUGGGCAUUGUAUUUUUAAAAUGUUCGGCUUGUCAUGGGAGUUAUUGUUGGGGGUGAUACUAGUACCUAUUUCUGAUUAUAAACUUAUAGGAUUAUAUGAACCAGAAGAUUAAGAAGAAUAACUUUUCUGAGCUGUAUAGCACCCUUGUGUUUGCAUUUUCUGGAGGAAAGGAAAGCUGCUUUGUUUUAUUGGAAGUGACUUGAUGUCACAUUUGGAAGGCAGACUGUCAUAAUUGUUUUUUCCUGUUGCCAUCUUUGGCAUAGUACUCUUUGUUUCCUUUCCUUAUGUAAUAAACAUGUGCCUGAAAAGUUUAGGAUAUCAAGACAUAUAAAAUGUUUUCAUAGCAUCUAUAUAAUUAUGUUAAGACAUGGAGUCCUUUUGUAAAAUGAACCCUAUACUUUGAACUGUUUAAAUAUACAGUGGGUUAAACUGAGUGUAUAUAUUAAUAAGAGCAUAUGGAGUAAGGGAGUAAUGUUUUUUUAAAGGGUUAACUACAAAGGAUUUGUAUAGGUGGGCUUUAAGCUGAAUUCUAGAGGAACAACAAAGGUAGGUGGGAGAAGUUGGUAUGAGUGGGUUAGAAGUUAGAGGAAGAUGUGAAAAUGAUCAGAUUAGUAUAAUAGUUACUGUGCAGCAGUAGUAAUCACUUUUACUUUGGUUCUACAUGAAGACACAAGGUGUUUCUUUUCUUUCUUUCUUCUUUUGAGACGGAGUCUGGCUCUGUGGGCCAGGCUGGAGUGCAGUGACACCAUCUUGGCUCACUGCAACCUCCAACUCCCAGGUUCAGGUGAUUCUCCUACCUCAGCCUCCCGAGUAGCUGGGAUUACAGAUUUGUGCCACUAUGCCCAGCUAAUUUUUGGAUUUUUAGUAGAGAUAGGGUUUCACUGUGUUAGCCAGGCUGGUCUCGAACUCCUGACCUCAAGUGAUUCACCUGCCUCGGCCUCUCAAAGUGCUGGGAUUACGGGCAUGAGCCACCACUCCCUGCGACACAAGGUUUUACUUGUACACUGCUUUAGAUCUCGUCCUGCCCUGGACUAGACUAGAAAUUGGCCAUAGAUACAGUUGCCCACAUUAUUGUGUGAACUCGCAGCUUGCUUUGGAAGAAAUGGAGAGAGGAACAUUUCUCUGCAUUUGGGGAUUCAAGGGAUCAGGGAAAUAAGCUUUAAACUUUUGGUUAUAUACCUCUCUACCUGUAGCUUUCCUUUCACUGAAGGGUUAUGGAUCUUAUGUCAGAGAGGAGGGAACUGUCCUGUCUCAAGCCCACUGUGACAUGUGACCCUCAACUAGCAUGCUUGUGAGAAGGGCUUUGGUUGCCAUACUAGAAAAUGUAGGAGGGCUUCCCUUCUGCUGCCCCCAUUUAUAGACAUGGGGGUGCCUCCACUGCUUUGUAUGCUGUUGCAUUUUCUCUUCCCUCUUUGUUUUCUCUAAGCUAAGCUCUAAGCUAAUUCUGUACAAAAAAAAUACUGAUUGUUCUUGUAAAUUGCUUGCCGUUUAAUGCCUGAUAAUGUACUGUAAAAUAGGAUUCUGCAUACCAUUAAAUAUGUCAAAUAUUACAAACUUCAAGGUUCUUUUGAAAUUACAAUACUAAACUCAGUUCACUUUUGCUUAGCCUUCACAGUUGUUGAUCACAUAGCAUGGUCAUCCACUCACAGCUUAAAAAAAUACAGGGAGCAUCGGAGAGAAUGGGAGAUACUACUCGUCAACGAAUCAAAUUCAGUGAUGACAGAGUAUGCAAGAGUCACCUUCUCAACUGUUGUCCUCAUGAUGUCCUUUCUGGAACUAGAAUGGACCUUGGAGAAUGUCUGAAAGUCCAUGACCUGGCUUUAAGAGCGGAUUAUGAAAUUGCAUCCAAAGAACAAGAUUUUUUCUUUGAACUUGAUGCCAUGGAUCAUCUGCAGUCAUUCAUUGCAGAUUGUGAUCGUAGAACAGAGGUGGCCAAGAAAAGAUUAGCAGAAACCCAAGAAGAGAUUAGUGCUGAAGUAGCAGCAAAGGCAGAACGUGUUCAUGAGUUAAAUGAAGAAAUUGGAAAAUUGUUAGCCAAGGUGGAACAACUGGGAGCUGAAGGGAAUGUGGAGGAAUCCCAGAAAGUAAUGGAUGAAGUGGAGAAAGCACGGGCAAAGAAAAGAGAAGCAGAGGAAGUUUAUCGGAAUUCUAUGCCAGCUUCGAGUUUUCAACAGCAGAAACUUCGUGUCUGUGAAGUCUGCUCUGCCUAUUUAGGACUUCAUGAUAAUGACAGAAGACUGGCUGAUCAUUUUGGGGGUAAACUGCACCUGGGAUUUAUUGAAAUAAGAGAGAAGCUUGAAGAAUUAAAGAGAGUUGUAGCUGAGAAGCAGGAGAAAAGAAACCAGGAACGGCUGAAACGAAGAGAAGAAAGGGAGAGAGAAGAAAGAGAGAAGUUGAGGAGGUCCCGAUCUCACAGCAAGAAUCCGAAAAGAUCCAGGUCCAGAGAGCAUCGCAGACAUCGAUCUCGCUCCAUGUCACGUGAACGCAAGAGGAGAACUCGAUCUAAAUCUCGGGAGAAACGCCAUCGCCACAGGUCCCGCUCCAGCAGCCGUAGCCGCAGCCGUAGCCACCAGAGAAGUCGGCACAGUUCUAGAGAUAGGAGCAGAGAACGAUCCAAGAGGAGAUCCUCAAAAGAAAGAUUCAGAGACCAAGACUUAGCAUCAUGUGACAGAGACAGGAGUUCAAGAGACAGAUCACCUCGUGACAGAGAUCGGAAAGAUAAGAAGCGGUCCUAUGAGAGUGCUAAUGGCAGAUCAGAAGACAGGAGGAGCUCUGAAGAGCGCGAAGCAGGGGAGAUCUAACUAGCUGUGUACAUUUCUUCAGUCCUUAAGCUUCCUACGGAGUUACGUACUAUUGUUUAGUUCACAGCUGUUCAGGGUGACAGUAAGCAGAUCCAGACACCAGAUCCAGCUAGGCUAGAUGUACAGUAUCUAACUUGAUCUGAACUGAACCUGUUUUCCUUGAUGAUGCCUAAAACUACAUCCAUAGUUUCUGGUGAACCUGUAAUACAGUUCUGAAAGUACCAUUUUAUAUAAUAGGAUGCUGAUCUCUAUUCUUUCAAGUAAGAGUGAUAGUGAACAAAUUGUGUUACUUGCCUUGGGAUUUUUUGAACAUUUGUAAAAUGCUGUCUUCCUAGUCCAAACAGCUGCAGCUUUGGGCAUUUGCUUUUUAAUUCUUCUUUCUCUGACUUUGUAUCCCUUAAUACCUACACUCUCCAAUUGUAAGAGAAGGCGGGCAGGGAAGCAAUAGAGCUUCCAUUCUAAGGCUCUACUCCCGUUAUGAAUUACUAGUGAUUACAGUUCAGAGCAUUGAUCCUGGAAUGUGUGCUGGAGAAAUUUAAAAUACUGGGUUUUUUGUUUAAUGGGGCCUAUUUAGAGUUGGAAAUUGAACAGCUGUUGCAUUACAUACUUUUGCUUUUUUAUUGAAAUUUUGAAAUCAAACUUGUCUUGAUUUUUCUGUUCUGUUGAAUUGCUAUAUUCAGGAUGUUCUUGGGGGGUGGGGGCAGGGACUUCGUAAUAAGCACUUGUUUUACUUUGUGUGUGUGGAGUAUAAAGGCUACACCCUUAUUGUAAACAUAAUAAAAUGAAAGAAACAAUCACCACCACCAUUAUUAAACUGUAACUUGUCUAGUAAAUUGUCACUAGAACUA